ACCAUUCGACAACUGAAUGGUUGGAAUUAUUGAAACCAACAUUCAUUCUGCUGUCAAAAGAUGCUCAAGGCCGGCCAAUUUAAAAGCAAAUUUAAUCAAUUCAAUUUGUCAUCGGCAUAAAAACUGUAAUAAAGUAUGACAACAAGGUAGAUUCUGCCUGCGAAUAGAUUGUGGAUGACUGUACACAGUCCGGUAUAUAAAACUCAUAUAGGCUUCAUCCAUUAGAGUUGAUGAAAAGUAAACAAAAAUCAAAACACAGGGUCUCAUUUCUGCUGAACAGAAGCAUCAGUAAUGGCUGCCAAAGAUGGCAUGUUUCAAUGCGCCGACCGCAUCGACAAGCUGUUGAUGUUCUUCGGAACUUUGGGUAGUAUUGGAGAUGGAUUGCAGUACCCUCUUACAAUGCUUGUUCUUAGCAAAGUGAUCAAUGAUUAUGGAGAUCCCAAUUUCAACUUGUCUAAUGAUACUGUGGAUGAGUAUGCAGUUAGGCUGCUCUAUGUUGCGAUCGUUGUUGGAGUUUCCGCCUUUGUUGAAGGGGUUUGUUGGACACGAACCGCAGAGAGGCAGACUUCCCGAAUAAGGACCGAAUACUUGAAAUCGGUCCUCAGACAGGAUGUUGCUUUCUUUGACACUCAGGAAACCGGAGCCUCCACAACGUUCCAAGUCGUGUCGACGAUAUCAGCUGAUGCCAAUGCAAUCCAAGUUGCAAUAUGUGACAAGAUCCCGAAUUGCCUCAUGUUUCUCUCGACCAUGUUCUUCUGCCUCAUUGUCUCCUUCAUACUGUCAUGGAGACUUACCUUAGCCGCGAUCCCUUUGACACUGUUCUUCAUCAUUCCUGGACUGUUAUUCGGGAAAAUGAUGAUGGAUGUGAUAAUGAAGAUGAUUGAAUCUUAUGGUGUUGCUGGUGGGAUUGCAGAGCAAGCAAUUUCCUCCAUAAGAACUGUAUAUUCAUAUGUAGCUGAGAAUCAAACAAUUGAGAAGUUCAGCCAAGCACUUGAAAAGACUUUGGAAUUGGGAAUAAAGCAAGGCUUUGCAAAGGGCUUGUUGAUGGGAAGCAUGGGAAGCAUUUAUUUAGGAUGGGCGUUUCAGGCAUGGAUUGGGACUUAUUUGGUCACCGAGAAAGGCGAAAAAGGCGGUUCGAUUUUUGUAGCCGGAAUCAAUGUCAUAAUGGGAGGAUUGAGUGUGUUAGGUGCAUUACCAAAUUUAACUGGCAUCACUGAGGCAACCGUUGCUGCUACUAGGAUUUUCGAGAUGAUUAACCGGACUCCUUCAAUUGAUGCAGAUGAUAGGAAAGGAAAGGCUUUGUCAUAUGUAAGAGGAGAGAUUGAAUUUAAGGACAUACAUUUUGCCUAUCCGUCUAGGUCUGAUUCACCUGUCUUGCAAGAUUUGAAUCUUAGAAUUCCAGCCGGUAAGUCUGUCGGUCUCGUCGGAGGCAGUGGUUCGGGAAAGUCCACAACUAUUGCUUUGCUUCAAAGAUUUUAUGAUCCUACUGAAGGAGAGGUUCUCUUGGAUGGAUACAAAAUAAGUAGACUUCAGCUGAAAUGGUUGAGAUCUCAAAUGGGACUUGUUAGUCAAGAGCCUGUACUCUUUGCAACAUCCAUAAAAGAAAAUAUAUUGUUCGGGAAAGAAGGAGCAUCGAUGGAAGAUGUAAUAAACGCAGCUAAGGCGGCUAAUGCACAUGACUUCAUUGUCAAGUUACCGGAGGGAUACGAAACUCAUGUUGGUCAGUUCGGAUUUCAGAUGUCUGGUGGCCAGAAGCAGCGAAUCGCCAUAGCAAGGGCUUUGAUCCGGGACCCUAAAAUCUUGCUUCUCGAUGAAGCUACAAGUGCAUUGGAUGCACAAGCUGAAAGGAUAGUGCAGGAGGCGAUUGAUAAGGCAUCUGUAGGGAGGACAACCAUCAUCAUUGCUCAUCGCUUAUUGACAAUCAGGAAUGCAAAUCUGAUUGUGGUUCUUCAAGGUGGUCGAGUAAUUGAAUCAGGGUCCCAUGAUGAAUUAAUGCAAACGAAUGGAAGAGAAGGUGGAGAAUACUACCAGAUGGUACAGUUGCAGAAAAUGGCAUUGCAAAGCGAAGCUUCUGAUGAUUCAGACUACAAAACCGAAGGAAGAAAACGCCACAGGUUGCAAGUUGCUCAAAGUCCGAUGAGUUAUAGAUCAAGUGUUCCGAGCACUCCAGCAUUGAGCCCUUUCAGCCCAGGUCUAUCUGUGGGAACACCCUAUUCCUACACCAUCCAAUUUGAUCCUGAUGAUGGCAGUGACAAUGAAGACUUCAACCAAGUAGCUCAUCCUACUCCAUCGCAGUGGCGUCUGUUGGAAAUGAAUGCACCAGAAUGGGGCAGAGCCUUGAUUGGGAGUAUGGCUGCAAUUGGCUCAGGAGCAGUUCAGCCUAUAAAUGCGUACUGCGUCGGAUUACUUAUAUCUAUUUACUUCCGCACCGACAAAUCCGAAAUCAAGUCAAGAUCCAGAACUUUGUCCUUCGUUUUCUUAGGCAUAGCUGCUCUUAACUUCACAUCAAGUCUCCUCCAACACUACAAUUUCGCAGUCAUGGGAGAGAAGUUAACAAAAAGGGUAAGGGAGAAGUUCUUGGAGAAGCUGAUGACUUUCGAGAUUGGUUGGUUUGAUGAAGAGGAAAACACAAGUGCAGCCAUUUGCACAAGAUUGGCUACCGAGGCCAACAUGGUUCGUUCCCUUGUUGGGGACCGAAUGUCAUUGCUGGUUCAAGCCAUUUUCGGGUCCAUUUUCGCAUACGUGCUAGCAAUUAUACUUAGCUGGAGGUUAUCUAUUGUGAUGAUCGCAGUUCAACCAUUAGUCGUUGGAAGCUUUUAUGCAAGGAGCAUCUUGAUGAAGAGUAUGUCGGGGAAGGCGCAAAAAGCACAGAAGGAAGGAAGCCAACUAGCAAGUGAAGCAGUGGUGAACCAUAGAACUAUCACUGCCUUUUCAUCUCAGAAAAGAAUAUUGGGGCUUUUCAAGGAAACAUUGAAAGGUCCGAAAAAGGAAAGUGUCCGACAUUCAUGGCUUUCCGGUUUAGGCCUCUUUAGCUCUCAGUUUUUCAACACAGCCUCUACAGCAUUAGCUUACUGGUAUGGUGGGAGAUUAUUGACACAAGAAUUAAUAUCAUCAGAGCACCUCUUUCAAGCAUUCUUGGUGUUGCUAUUUACUGCUUAUGUCAUUGCCGAAGCUGGAAGUAUGACCAAUGAUUUAUCGAAAGGAAACAGUGCGGUCCGAUCAGUUUUUGCGAUCCUAGAUAGGAAAAGUGAGAUUGAUCCGGAUUAUACAUGGGGUCUAGAGAUUAAAAAGUCGAUUAAGGGACGAAUAGAACUGAAAAAUGUGUUCUUUGCAUACCCAACCAGAUCUGACCAAAUGAUCUUUAAGGGUCUAAACCUUAGAAUUGAAGCAGGGAGGACAGUGGCACUGGUGGGACAAAGUGGUUCUGGAAAAUCUACCAUUAUCGGACUUAUCGAGAGAUUUUACGAUCCGACCAAGGGCUCCGUUUUCAUCGAUGCACAGGACAUAAAGAACUAUAAUGUGAGAAUGCUGCGAACACAUAUUGCACUUGUCAGUCAAGAGCCAACCCUGUUUGCAGGAACGAUCCGUGAAAACAUCGCCUACGGGAAAACGAAUGCUAAAGAAUCCGAGAUUAGAAAAGCUGCGAAGCUCGCCAAUGCUCAUGAAUUCAUAAGCGGUAUGAAGGAUGGCUACGACACCAAUUGUGGAGAAAGAGGUGUUCAGCUAUCAGGUGGUCAAAAACAACGAAUCGCACUUGCACGAGCCAUACUGAAGAACCCCUCGAUUCUCCUACUGGAUGAGGCGACCAGUGCACUCGAUAGCGUGUCGGAAAACUUGGUUCAAGAAGCACUUGAGAAGAUGAUGGUCAACAGAACAUGCGUAGUCGUCGCUCACCGGCUGUCGACCAUUCAAAAAGCCGAUUACAUCGCUGUUAUCAAGAACGGAAAAGUUGUGGAACAUGGUUCACAUAAUGAACUGGUUUCCUUGGGUCGCGGUGGAGCAUAUUAUUCACUCAUAAAACUACAGGGUGGUGGGACUUCUCCGUAUAGGCAAACAUGAUAUUAGAGGUUGAAGUCAAAUAAAUCAGUCAUUCACUAGUUUUGCAUAUGUGAACAAAGAUUUCGGUGAUUGAUUUGCAUCGAUAUGUAGA